AUGAGUCUCGCUAUGAACACUUCAGCUUCCGUGCCAAGCGGAGAUGCGUCUUCUAGAGAUGUCGCUCUUGAUACAGAGGCGAUAGAGCAGCUCAACAGUCCACACGCCAAGGUUUUGCUCGACAUGAUCGACAGUCUCCGGGAACUCCGAGUCGGCGAGAUUGUCCAACUGCCUCAGAUCAUCGUGGUCGGCGACCAAUCUUCCGGGAAAAGCUCUGUUCUUGAGGCCAUUUCCGGGAUAAACUUCCCAGUCAAUAGUGACCUGUGUACGCGAUUCGCAACGGAACUCGUUAUGCGGAGGCAUCCUGAAACCAAAAUCACGGUCAGCAUCCAGAAAGCAAUGAGGCCAGCCGCCGCUGGACACGAUGGCGAGCAGGAAGAGUCUCUUCCCUUCCACAAAUCGAGCUUGGAUAAGGACGCUCUGCCGGAUAUUAUCAGCGAGGCUCGAGAGCGUAUGGGUAUUAGAACUGGUUCAAAGCGGUUCUCCAAGGACAUCCUUCGCGUGGUGGUUGCUGGGCCCGAUGCCCCCGAGCUCACUCUUGUGGAUCUUCCCGGCAUUUUUCACUCUCCGACCUCAGAACAAACACUGGAAGACAAAGAGCUUGUCAACGAGCUAAUUGAAAAAUACAUGCAAGAGAGCAAAAGCAUCAUACUGGUGGUGGUUGCAGCAAACAACCAGCUAGCGAACCAGUCGGUGUUGAGCCGAGCCAAGCAACACGACCCACACAACAAACGCAUUGUCGGUGUGAUCACCAAACCGGACCUAGUCGACGGUUAUGCCAAUGAGAAAAAGUAUCUCGAUCUCUGCAGGGGACUUGAGACGGCCCACAAGCUAUCGCUCGGCUGGCAUGUCUUGCGCAACAGCUCGGAACAGGCAAGACGCGAUGUCUCUCAUGACAGAGACCGCGAAGAGCAACUCUUCUUCCAGAGAGGUGUCUGGGCUUCUCUUCCUCCUGCGAACAGAGGAAUAGGAAGCCUUCGGAAUAAGCUCAGCAAAGUGCUUCUUGAGCACAUCAGGGAAAGCUUGCCGGGCCUCAUCCGAGAGAUUGAGAACAGUCUCAGCGCACGUGAGGAGGAGCUGCUGCAGCUCGGGAAACCCAGGUCCACUCUAGAAGAGAUGCGAUCAUAUUUGAUGGGUAUAGCGGAAGAAUUUCAGCGUUUGGCUCGCGAUGCUGUUGAUGGUAGAUAUGGAGAUCAAUUCUUUGGCGACCUGUCUGAAGUCGACCGGAAGCUACGAGCUCGGCUUCGGCAGAUGAAUCGCGCCUUUGAUGAUACCAUGAUGAGCAAGGGUUCUACUUACAACAUCGUCUGGAACAUCGAAAACGACUCAAACGACCACACAGGCGACGACCAUCACUCAGAUGACGACCGCUCUGAGAACGGCCAUUCGGACGGCGACAGCUCAGACGAUGACGACGAAGAAGUUCCCGAUCAUUUGCAACGACUGAUCGAAUCAUACCAGGGGAACUUCUCAGAUCCUCUUUCGAUCACGAGGUCAAAUCUCACAGAUGAGCUUGAGAACCUGGCAUCUUUGAACCAGGGCAAGGAGCUUCCUGGGGUCCCAAACGCGGAACUUGGUUUCCAGUUUUUCAAGGAACAGGCAAAGCCCUGGCGGCAGAUUGCUGAAUUCCAUUUGGAUCAAGUCCAGGUCACCAGCAAAGCAUUCGUGGACUGCCUCUUUGGACGUGUCAUCGGAGGAGAUCAUGGUACCACUGAAGCCAUACUGAAAGGUUGCGCGGACCCCUUUUUCGACAAAAAGAGCACUCUGCUCGUGGACAAACUACAGGAACUCCUGCGGCCAUACACAACCGGUUAUGGCCUUCCACUUGAGAGAGAGUUUCGGAAGAGAACCUUGCGGCACAACUCUCAGCAUUUUCUAAUGGCGCUGGAGAUCGAAAGUCCCGAACUCUUCCAAGUCGGUGGAAAGGCAAGGUUACGUCGCGAAGAUAUCUUAGAAAGUAUUGCCAAAGCAGAGAGCCUGUAUCGAGGUGAGUUCGGCACAGAUCAGGUUAUUGACAUGAUGAAGGUUCACUACGAAAUGUCACGCAGCACUUUCAUUGAGAAUGUCAUAAACCUCGCAGUGGAGAACUGCCUCAUAUGCGACAUUCCAAGCAUUAUGACACCAAUGGGAAGGUCCUCCAAGAACAGACGAGAUUACUACGAGAAGGUCUUCAAAUAUGCCAACAACACAGACGCAGGCGCCUCCAACGUUCACAGGUGUGUCUACUCCGGAGCGACAGAGGCUGCCAAGUUCAGACUCUCGAGCAAAGGGUCGCGCAUUGGCCUCAAGCUCAACCAAGAAUGGCAGAAGCAGCAUCAAUUCAGUCACAGGGGACACCUCGGCUUCAGCGUCUCACCAGCCGAGGUCCCCCAAGCACAAAGAGCGCUGGCAGACCUACCGUGA